AUGGCUUCUACGAUCAACUCCGCGCCCGCGGCCAAUAAUGCCUCGGGCAAUGCGGUUCCCUCUAACCAAACCUCCGGCCGUCCUUCACUAAGACCCAGUGCCAGCACCAAGGGGGACGGUCGCCGCCAGUCAGCUAGCCCUGGAGAAGGUGGUCAACGGCGCACAAAUUCCCACAAAGCCUGGUCCCAAGGAACCAACCCCAUCACCCAACGCUCUUCACACUCGAAUGGAAAUUCCGCUCAGCGCCAGUCGGGAUCUCCUCGUCCCUCGCAGAAAGAGUCGAACACCCCGGAGAAUCAUGCGCAUGAUCGUCUUGUCUUCCUCUUUGCCAGCUUCAUUGGCUUAACCACUACGGUGACAACUUGCGCGGGUGACAAGUUUAUUGGCAUCUUUUCUGCUGCCAACCUGGAAGCUAACGACUCAUCUGUCACCCUGAAGAUGGUGCAGAAUGCUAGCCAGGAGAGUGAGCCCAAGGCGAAUGGAGUCAGCGAAAUCAGAAGCCCCUAUCUUGGGUCCGGCCUCGAGCAUGUGAUGACAUUCAACAUGAAGGACGUUGCGAAUAUCUCAGUGCCGAAUGUUGUCCCAGCUGAGGUGUCUGCGAAAGAAUCGAAUGGUGCAGCCUCUGGAUUCAGGACAGAUACCGACAUCUCGGGAAAUCUUGCAAUUCGCGAACGUACGUUGCAGCGAUGGGAACCUGCCGAGACUGAUGUCGACAUGUCUCUGGAAAGCACCGCUGGUGAUUCGACAGGCUGGGAUCAAUUCGAGGCAAAUGACCGACUGUUUGGCCUCAAGACUAACUAUGAUGAGAACAUAUACACUACCACCAUUGAUCGUUCCGACCCCUCAUUCCGCCAGAAGCAAGCCGAUGCUGCCCGUAUUGCUCGAGAGAUUGAGAGCAGUGCUGUGGACAACGCUCACAUGCGCGAAGAACGGGGAUUGGUAGCUCCAGUCACUGGGGAUGAUGACGAGGAAGCUAAAUACAGUGGUGUCCAGAGAGAGACCAAGGCCUCCCCAGCCCUUGCGUCUGGACAGCCUAAUAAAUAUACCCCACCAGCUCGUCGCCAGCCCGGUGUGCCGCCAAUCGCACCUGCUAAACAGCCCUCUCCCGCGCCCACUUCUACUCCAGCCGUCACCAAAGAAGCUGCCCCAGCCGAAAAGCAGCAGGCCUCCGUGCCAUCUGUAAAAACUGGCACAGAAAUCGAUCCCAAGUCCGUACCAGGUAGUACGGCUCCUACUGCCGUGCCCAAGCGAGCUGCUCCUGAGAAUGCUACUGCAAAUGUUGAAACCGAAGUCCUCGAUCACUUCCGACAAUUUGCCAAUAAUGAAAAGUUGAAGAUGCAGGAGCGUCGCCGCAACCAAGCGUCUUACGACCGCACCGUCAAGUUGAACGAGCUCAUGAAGUUUUCAAAGAACUUCAAAUUGUCGACUCCUGUGCCCAAGGACUUGGUCCCAAUCUUGGCCAAGGACCCUCAUAAGCAGGAAGCCAUCAUCUCCCGUACUCAGGAGACCAAGUCACUUAGCAAGUCAGGUGAUUCUACGAAUGAGCAAAAGACUCCUGCUCGUAGCACCCCGGCGCCUAUGAAUACUGUUCCUCCAGCGGCCCCAGCUGGGCAACAGAACUUCCCUCGAGGCCGACCUGGCUAUCCCCCCACCGGGCCCUUGGGAGGCCCCAACGGCCGUUUCCCCCAACAACCCGUCCAGCCGCGUGUUCAGAACACUGGUAUGCUAGGCCACCGACUCGCAGAUAACCUUCAGCAACGAAAGACGGGAGCCGUGGGUCCUGUCCCAGCUCCGUUGCCCGUCCAAGACGCCCGCUUACCCCCCACCGGGCCUGCUAGUGAGCAAUCUCGCAUUACAAGCCCCGCAAAAUCCCAGGCUAGCGCUUCAUCUGCCACACCCAAGUUCAAUGUGCGAGCUAUGGAGUUUAAGCCAAACCCCGCUGCUAGCACCUUCACACCGGGUGGUUCCUCUGCUGCUGGUACUGCUGUCCCUGCUGGCCCCGCCGCCAGCCCACGGCCUUUCUCGCGGAAUCGAUCCAUCUCUCGCGCUCUCACCCCGACCUCAUUCUUUGGCGCCCGUAAGCCUCAACCCGCUUCUGAACGCCCGUCUAUCAACGACCAAUUCAAUCCCAUCAAACGUAUGAAGAAGGAGAUCACCGACGAGAAGCUUUUCGCCAGCAAUGGAGGCAUCCCGCCGCCGUACAAGACCGCGCCCACCUGGGAUGCUGGAGAGGGCAAUGAGGAGAAGACAUAUGACCAGAUGUUCAAGCAACCCACUGGUCUCCCAUCUGUCUCUCCACAGGGACGCUCUGCUUCAAACAACCCUCACAUGCCACAGCAACACCAGCUUCAUGGGUUUCAAUUCCCCCAGGGUAAUCCUGGCAUGCCGCCCUCAUCUGGGCCACCUACCGGACCUCAUAUUCAUCACCCUCACGCGCCUCAUGUUGAUGACAAUCACCGGAUGCAGCUCUCUCAGUCGAACUCCGGUGUCUUCCCGUCUCCUCGCAUGCAGCCGAGUCACAUGGGAUAUCCGUCUCCAAUGCCCGGCCAUGCCCAACUUCCGUUCCAGCAGGGCAUGCCUCAAGUCUACGGUGGCGGCAUGGGUGCGCCUAUGAUGAUGCCAAACACAUCUAAUGGCCCUUACAUGGGUGUUCCCCAGGCCAUGACUCCCUACACUCCUCAGAUGCAAAUGUACUCUCCUUCUCCUGGUCACGCCUACCCGCAUGCGCCUCCACCACAACCUCAGAGUGGUUAUCCCAGCCCUAGCCGUGGAGCGCCUAUGAUGAUGCACCAGAACUCGCAAUCGGGCCAGCCGCCUCAGAUGAUGUUCAUGGCUCCUGGACAGGGCGGGUAUCAGCAGCCCGCCCAUCUACCCCCCGCCGCGCAUCGCAACAACGGUAGCAAUUUCAACCAAAUGCCUCAGGUACCUCCUCCCGCGUCUUCAAACGCGCCGGCAACCCCUGGGUCUGGUUCGCAUUCGGCUGAGGCAACCGAGGAAGCAAAAUGA